AUGGUGGAGGUCAAGAAGAUUAAUGAAAACAAGAAGGACACAAACACACAGACAGAUGUGCGACUGAGCAACAUUACCUCCGCAAAGGCGGUGGCGGACUGUGUGCGUACCUCUCUUGGUCCACGUGGUAUGGAUAAGAUGAUUAUUGAGCCCCGUGGUGAAGUUAUCAUCAGUAAUGAUGGUGCCACUAUUCUAUCAAAGCUGCAGGUAACACAUCCAUGUGCAAAGAUGUUGGUGGAACUCUCCAAGGCUCAAGAUGUGGAGGCGGGUGAUGGCACCACAAGUGUUGUGGUUCUCUGCGGUGCGUUUCUCCGCGCUGUGGAGGAACUUUUACAUAAAGGUAUUCACCCCACACAAAUCUCUGAGUGUUUUAAUGAGUGUGCAAAGAUGGCUGAGAAGAUUCUGGAGGAAAUGAGCAUUAAGAUUAAGAUUGAGGAUCGUGAGACUCUUAUUAAGGCUGCUAUCACAUCAUUAAAUUCUAAAGUUAUUUCACAAAACAGUGAUUUACUAGCUCCAAUGGCAGUGGAUGCGGUACGUCAAAUUAUGCGUGAUAAUGGAGAUGUGGUUUUACGUGAUGUGCGCAUCAUUUCUGCACUUGGUGGCACCAUAGAUGAUUCUGUGUUGCUUACAAACGGUAUGGUGUUUAAACAAAAGGCCUCACAUGUAGCAGGUGGACCCGUGCGUAUUCAAAACGCCACGAUAGCCCUUAUUCAAUUUCAACUCUCUCCACCAAAGACAGAUAUGGAAAGUGCUGUGACCAUCUCUGAUUACAGUCAAAUGGACCGUGCCUUAAAGGAGGAACGUAAAUAUUUAUUGAACCUCUGUAAAAAGAUUAAGGAUGCUGGUGUAAAUGUCUUAUUGGUACAGAAAUCUGUCCUUCGUGAUGCUGUCACUAUGCAGAGUCUUGACUUCCUUGCCAAGAUGAAGAUUAUGGUGGUAAAGGAUAUUGAACGUAACGAUAUUGAGUUUAUCACAAAGACCCUUGGUUGUCUCCCUGUGGCGAACAUAGAAAAUCUUAAACCGGAGAAGUUUGGUCACGCCGAUCUCGUGGUGGAGGAAAACACCCCAAGUGGAAAGAUCAUUCGUGUCACUGGCGUCCAACCCCCAUCAGAUGCCAUCAGCCGUCAAUUAUUUGGUAAAACCGUUACCUUCUUCCUUCGCGGCAGUAACAGUAUGAUGUUGGAGGAGGCAGAACGCGCCUUACAUGAUUCUCUCUGUGUGAUUCGCUCCAUUGUGAAGAAGCGGGCUAUUAUGCCUGGCGGUGCGGCUGGAGAGACGGAGGUGUGUCUGCAGCUUAGCAGAUAUGCACGUGAGCGGGCACAGGGAACGCAGACAUUCUGCAUGCGAGCCUUUGCAGAUGCCUUUGAGGUGAUUCCCUACACACUUGCAGAGAAUGCGGGUUUGCAGCCAAUCUCUAUUGUGACGGAACUCCGAAAUGCACACGCGAGUGGAAAUAAGAAUGCCGGUGUGAAUGUGCGUAAGGGAUGUGUAACGGAUAUGGUGGAGGAGAAUGUGGUGCAGCCAUUGUUGGUCUCAACAUCUGCAGUGCGGCUGGCAGCAGAGUGUGUGAUGAUGAUUCUGAAGAUUGAUGAUAUUAUCAUGACUCGUGCUUAA